AGGAGAAAGAGGACGUUACCAACAAAGAAGAAACCUUUUCAACCCUCAGCUGCGCACUACAGAGUCCACCAUGCCUCGCUCGUUCCUCGUCCGAAACAAAAGGACUCACCUGUUGGUGCAUUUAAAGGAAUCCUACAAACAACACUGUCAGCAGCCCGAGGGAGCACCGGAGAGGAGGGUUCCUUCGUCCCCGAUGCUGGGGGUCAAAGACUUUCUGUCCUGCUCAUCGUCUCUCAGCCCCCCCCACACACAUGGUCCCUGGCCUUCAGCGGAGAGCAGAGAGGUUCCUCUGCAGGCGUCUGAGAGGGAGCGGCACCUGGAGGGCCUGGUCUUCAUGUUGCUGAAACACACUUCACACACUGACCUCCGAUCGCCCGUCAGCGAGUGUCCGCUCUGUAAGAAGUCUCUCUCAGAUGAUUUAACCUCAGGAGGCGGUCUUCAGUCUCAUCUUAACAACGCGCUCUCUCUUCCUUUACUAUCUCCCACCACCGGCGACCCCGUGCCCUUUGGCUUCAGAGCACUAGGCAGCUAUGGUACAGCUAAGGAGCGUAACUUUGGCUGUAAGGUGUGCGGGAAGGUGUUCAAGCGCUCGUCCACUCUGUCCACACACCUGCUCAUCCACUCGGACACGAGGCCCUAUCCCUGUCAGUACUGCGGCAAGAGGUUCCACCAGAAGUCAGACAUGAAGAAACACACCUUCAUACACACAGGUGAGAAACCACACGUGUGCAAGGUGUGCGGUAAAGGCUUCAGCCAGAGCUCCAACCUCAUCACCCACAGCAGAAAGCACGGCAGCUACCGGCCCUUCAGCUGCCCCUGCUGUCAGCACAGCUUCCUGCGCAGGGCCGACCUGCAGCGCCACCGAGAGACCCAGUGCGGAUAUGCAGACACAUACACACAAAACUGAGUCUAUAAGUCAAAAGAGUGGUGCAGGAAUGAGUCAUAAAACCUGGAAAUAAGUCAGCAUUUUAGCAUUAGGAGUCCCUCGUGUUGAAGUCAGAGGGUUUUUGGUGGGAUGCCUGAAAUAAGAUCUGUUGAGGUUAGGUUUUAUGACAUGAAAUAGGAAAUACCCCAAAACUAAACUCCUUCGUCGUGCAGCCCUAAUAAUCUUUCAAAAAUUCACACUUUGUCUCCCAAUUUCUUUUCCUUUCUAUUUUCUUUUCAAACUUUUUUGAAUUUACAAUUAUUUCUUCAAAAUUAUUUUUUUUCUUUUCUUCUAAAUGUCGACUUUUAAAAAUAUCCGACUAUUUCUUCUAAAUUAUCACUUUUUCCUCAAAUUCCUGAUUUCUUUUCUAAAUUAUUUGUGUAAAAUAGCAUUUGUAAAUACAUUUUCAGUCAUUCACAAUUGUAAAAGUGUUAAAAAUACGAAUCAACUAAUGUAUUGCAUGCUUUUCAAUUAAAUGACUAUUACACUUUGAUUAAUUUAAUCCCUUUUGUCAGAGAAUGUGUAUUGCGACAUGCUUAAGAGAUGCUUUGCGACAGUCGUAAAGGAGGCAGGCAAUUUACGUGAGUCUAUGUUAAGACCGUGACAUGUGUUGGGAGA